AUGUUCCCACUAGUUCGAAUGACUGAAGAUGCAGCAAAUAUUGAGCACUUUCGCACUCUUCAUCGCAAUUUACUUCGCACAAAGCAGUAUAUUUCGACGAUUGAAGAGACGUUGGAUGAAAAUGACGGACGCAAGCGUAAAAUCUCGAUCAAUUCGUGCCGCAACCAGCAGCAGCAGGCGCAAUCAAACAAACUGCAAGAUGUCGAUGGCUCUUGGUCUCAGUCGACUGGCAAUCGAAUACUUGCUGGGUUGCACACAUUUAACUAUGCAACUUCAUCCAGAGUUUUCCAAGAACCGUGCAAUGCAGUGUGCAAUGGUGCACAGCACAUGGCCGACGUGGCGAAGCAAGUGGCGUCCAUGGGGUUCCAUUGUGCCAGUAUGUGGUAG